CGUUAAUUCGGCCGCGCGUUCAGUCAGAAAUUCAAGUUCACCGAGUCCAGAUUAGGGCACGUGCCGGGAGUAACUUCGCGAAAUUAAAUUGAAACACGCAGCUUCCAUUAACUGUUCGAACUUCGAAGACUUCGCAAAACUUCUAUUUUGUUUUCCUUUGUGUCAAACUUCGUCGAUAUAGAGAGGAUCAAACAGGUUUCUGUUUUUAGUUCUUCUUUUUCUGUGGAAUGAAGAUUCAAAUCGCGAAGCCCAUCGACAGGUAUGAAUAACCUUGCGGGCAAUCGACAGAACCGGGACGUCGAUGUUGUGAACAGUUUUGGGCAAAGUGUUUAACUUCUGGUGUGUGAAAUUUUGUUUUCGUAAAAAAGCCGUCAAUGAGUGGCCGAAGAAAUGUUGCAGCGACAAAGUCACUUCCAGCCCUGUGGAAAUGCCUAGCCUCCAUCGGCCUUGUGGCUGCCCUAAUUACGCCUUCCGUGCAACAGUUCGAUUCUCUCCUGGCAAUCUUCCGCGAACGUCGCAAAGUAUGCAACUACUACGAGUGGAAGUGCAACAGCGGCCAGUGCAUCGAAUCUCAUCGGCUUUGCGACGGCGUCGUAGACUGUAAGGACAAAAGUGACGAAACCUCGAAGGCCUGCGCUUUCAUCCGGUGUCCCAGCUAUGCUUUCCGGUGUCAGUACGGAGGCUGCGUGGAUGGCAAUGCCAUGUGCAAUGGCAUCAAAGAGUGUGCCGACAACUCGGACGAACAUUUGCACUGUCCGGGUUAUAGCGAUGCAUUGCUCGCAUCCGGGAAUUGUUCCAACACCGAAUUUCAGUGCCUAUCCGGGCAAUGCAUUCCUAGCGAUGGAGUUUGUGACGGACUGUCGAACUGUGAUGAUGAAUCGGACGAGCAGCAGCGAAUAUGUAGUUUGAUCUUUUGCCCUUCGUUUUCGUUCCGCUGCAGCUACGGAGCCUGUAUCGGAGGGUAUUCCAAAUGUGAUGGGGUCAUCGAUUGUCGUGAUGGCUCCGAUGAAGAUGAGCUGCUUUGUGGUCGACCUGCUCCGGUGACAACACGGAAGCCGAUCAGUACGACAUCGACUACUACUACCUCAACAACUACAGCAGCUCCGGUUACCGGACCUCCAGGGUCUUGUCUAGUACCGGUUUAUCCUAGAAAUGGUCGAAUUGUUUUGGACGAAACAGCCAAAGACGUUAUGAUUCAAAGUGGAGAGUACAUCGAGAAUUUCAACUCAGUUCAUGUGGUUUGUGCGGACAAAUACACACUUAAAGGAAUCGACACGAUCACCUGUUUGGACGGUGAAUGGCUGGAUCCAUUUCCGAUCUGUGAAAGGUACUGUUCAGAAGUCCUCAUCAACGGAAUCACAAUACAGCCAACCUGUGAGUAUCAACGGAAGCAAAUUUCUUGUAAAAGACCACUUCCACCUACUGCAAAAGCUAGGAUCGACUGUAAAAUUGGCUACCAGAAGCCGGAAGGUCCCAUCAACGACACUCUAACUUGUAAUGAUGGCAUCUGGGACAGCAGUGUGUUCCGAUGUGAGCCCAUCUGCGGCACUCCCACUCCAGAUGGCGAAGCCUACGUCAUCGGUGGCCGAAAUGCUUCCAUCACGGAGGUACCGUGGCACACCGGGAUCUAUCGAAAUCUGGAGAACGACACCGUAACCGACCUUACUUCCGAUGACUGGGCCUACAUCUGUGGUGGUACGAUCCUUACUGAGCGACUAGUCGUUUCUGCAGCACACUGCUUUUGGGACGUUACAUCCUUCCACGACAUCCGUGCUUUCGUCAUAACUGUGGGCAAAUACCGCCGGGAAUUGGAUGCCGUCGAAUCUCUACCGGCGCAAAUAAUCCGAAUUAGGGAACUCAUUGCCCAACCCCAGUAUCAGGACUUCUCCGGAUACUACAACUUGGACAUCGCCAUCAUAGUGCUAAGUGAUUUCAUUGUGUUCAAAUCGUACGUGCGGCCGAUUUGUUUGGAGCGGGACCUGCGGACCGAGAGUGAGAAACGAAUUAAGCCCAAUAGUUUGGGUCGAGUUGCUGGUUGGGGGUUGACGACUUCCGGUGGAUUGUUGAGUCCCAACUUGAAGGUGGUGGACAUUCCGACGGUGGAUUAUUACACUUGUCGAGAUUUUUCGCCGGUGUCGUAUCGGCCCUUUCUGACUGGUGAUAAAUUCUGUGCCGGGGAUCCCAAAACAGGAACCAGCGUUUGCCAGGGGGACAGUGGCGGCGGAUUCGCUCUCGGAAAGGACCGAAGCGGCGAAACGGUUUACUUCCUCUACGGAGUGGUCAGUUCAGCUCCCCGGUCGGCCAGCGGCAGCUGCGACAACAACAAAUACGUUGCCUUCACCGAGGUCCAAAACUACAUUCCCAUGAUACUGGAUGCCGAAAGCCGGUUUCCGGUUAUUUAGUCUUAAAAAUAAAAAUACCAAUUAAUGAUUUCGGAUUUUAUGAACUGUAAAAAAACUCUUCCCUCA